AUGGAGAGGUACAAUUUCAUCAAAGAAAUUGGCAGUGGAGCUUUCGGAAGCGUAUGGAAAGCUGUCAAUAAGCAGUCUGGAGAACUUGUGGCGAUCAAAGCGUUGACGAAGAGGUAUCAAUCCUGGGAGGAAUGCAAGAAUUUGAGGGAAGUGAAGUCACUGCAGAAACUGAAUCAUCCUAACAUUGUGAAGCUCAAAGAACUGGUGAAGGAAAACGAUGUUCUAUACUUUGUGUUUGAGUUCAUGGAUUGUAACCUUUAUGAACUAAUGAAAGACAGAAAGAAUCUCUUCUCUGAAGCCGAAGUUCGGAGGCUGUGUUUUCAAGUUUUCCAGGGUCUGAAUUACUUACACCAGAAUGGAUAUUUCCACCGGGACCUGAAGCCUGAGAACUUGCUUGUUCUGAAAGAUGUGAUCAAGAUUGCUGAUUUUGGUCUUGUAAGGGAGAUUGAUUCAUGUCCACCGUACACGGAGUAUGUCUCGACGCGCUGGUAUCGAGCCCCGGAGGUGUUGCUUCACUCACAGUUUUAUAGCUCUAAAGUUGAUAUGUGGGCAAUGGGAGCUAUAAUGGUUGAGCUAUUCACACUUAGUCCUCUCUUUCCGGGGGCUAAUGAGGGAGAUGAAAUGUACAAAAUAUGCAGUGUGAUAGGGAGUCCUACUGAGGAUUCUUGGGCUGAUGGACUUUGUCAAGCAAGGUCUAUUAACUACCGAUUUCCGGAGUUAACCGGUUUGAAUCUCUCUGUGUUCCUGCCUUCGGUGAGUAAAGACGCGGUCAGCCUUAUCGAAUCACUUUGUUCCUGGGAUCCUUGCAAGAGGCCAACUGCUGCAGAGGCCUUGCAGCAUCCUUUCUUCCAGAGAUGCUUUUAUGUUCCGCCGCCUCUUUGUUGGACAGCAGUCGAUAGGAGAAUGUAUUAUUUGCCUUCUCAAGCGCUGGAUGAUCCUUUCACUAGUGGUGUGCAACACAAAUUGAAAAAGACUAAUCAGAUUCAAGAUGCUGAUAAGAAUGAUAACUUCAUGAACAGAUGUGCCAAGCAACAGAAGUACUCCAUUAACAAUUGUAGAACAACACUUGGGGAGUUCCGGAUAUGGUUGAGGAAGUAG